AUGGCUUUCAAAGGUGACGCGCACCCGGAUGCGCACGUCUAUGCCAAUCCUGUGUCCAAUGUCCUUCAGCAAGCCGGCAAAGCCUCACAGCGACUCCUAUCCAUGAUGUCGAAGAAAGCCCGGCGAUGGUUCAAAGCCCGAAGUCGCCGCAAAUACGGGAUGCCACCGGGUUGGGAGCCUGUGUCGAGGCAGGGGCGCUCGAACUUGGCGAGACGAAGGACUCCAUCGCCCGAGCCAUCCAGCCAGCGGGUGAACAGAUCCAGGCGCAGCGUGCAUCCGCAGGACGGUCGUCGCGUUAGGUUCAGACUGCCGAACCCAGAUCUGUCUCCCUCGUCAUCCACGGUAGAUCAACAGUCCACCAUCCCCCCAUCCCUACUACGAUCCAAUCCCUCGCUUGUAAACAUCGAACUUGAAUGGCAGUCCGCGCUGAAUGCCGCCGGGCAUCAAGGUCAGGAUUCUUCCCCAUCGUUCGCCAGAUGGACGGAACUAACAGCGGAAAUCGAGUCUAUGUUGGGUUCAUCGGCUGACUCGGAGAGUCAAGCGGAGGCCUUCGAUUCAUUUUCUCCUCGUGCUCUUUCCCAGGAUUAUCCGCAUGCACUCGAGAUGCACCUCACUCCUCCUGGCACGCCUCCUCCGAUCUCCAAUUCGGGCAGUCCAGCCAGACGUGCGAGAACCGAUGUCAUCUACCGCCUUACGUUUCUAACCUUCCUUCCCCUAUCCCCUCUCACCACUGACAUGUGCCGAUUCGAGAUGGAUCGGCCGAUGUCCGAGGAACUCAGUGACAGUCAGUCGCGUCCUCUUAGCCCCCUUGGCACGAUCGUAGAAAACCAGCCGAGCGAUUCUCUGGACGCGACCAAGGAGCACAGCCAUGGAUUUCCCAGUCGCUCAACUCCUAUCAGUCCAGAGGACUCAUCAAGCUCCAAUACGCCGACUUCGCGCAGUCGGCGACUCGACGAUGACUGCGGUUCUGUGCACAAUACCGAGAUCUCUCUCAGAUACAUUCUUGACACUGGCCUUGUCGCCCAGUCUCGAAGAAAAAAGCGCAAGUCCUCCCAUGAGGACGUUUAA